GAUGUUGUUACAGAGUUCAAAUUGAACAUGGCGAUUUCUGAACUUCCUCUUUCUGUUUCUUUCCGAGUAGGCAGCCACCAUGCCGCCUAAAAAAGAUACCAAGGGUUCUUCGAAACAGCCACAAAAGACACAGAAGAAAAAGGAAGGAGGAUCUGGUGGCAAGGCCAAAAAGAAGAAAUGGUCCAAAGGAAAAGUACGUGAUAAGUUGAACAACCAAGUACUGUUUGACAAAAGCACAUACGAAAAGCUACUUAAGGAAGUGCCACAGUAUAAACUGAUUACACCAUCAAUCGUGAGUGAAAGGCUCAAGAUCCGUGGAUCUCUCGCUAGGAGAGCCCUGAUCGAAUUGCAACAAAAAGGACUGAUAAAGCAAGUUGUGCAACACCAUGCACAAUUGAUUUAUACGCGAACUACCAAGGGUGACGAUCCUGCCGCGUAAUCAGUUUCUAUGCAAUGUAUAAUAAUAAAGUUAAAUAAAAAAUUUUAUUUAAAACUUGAA